GGCAACAGCAACCACAACAGCAACCACCACCACAACAACAACAACAAAAACAACAAGCCCGAAGGAGGGAGACAAAGAAGUAUCACGUGAUGAAUUGGCGGCUGGCAUGAAUGCCGCACUCAUUGAUGCCGUUCAAUGGAAAAAGACGGGUCUAGUCUAUUGACUUUUUCUCCAUCUGGACACGUCAAUCAGCCCCCCGGUCAUCAAGGGUGUCAACACAGUUGCUCCUAACUCGUCUAUGUAAUCGAUCUGGCUACCUCCGUCUUUCAGUCACCAUAUACCACUUGAGCUGCAUCAGCUGCAGCUGGAUCUCGUCAUGAGCGAGUGCCACACCGCCCAGGACGCUCUAGAGCACGCGCCUGCGAUGAGGGCGCCAUUCUCCAAGCCUUCCACACGUUCCCCGCAAUCCCAAUCACUAUGCAGGGACAACCUCGUUAAACGGUUACUCAAGCGGAAACCCCCACGACGCCCCAACAAUCUAGCCAACUGGCUGCUCGAUCAUCAAAUUGAGAUCCCCCUCAAUCUCCUCGCCCUCCUCGCCGUCACCCACCUGUUCGUUCCCCGCGCACGCCAACACACAUCCAAAUUCUUCUCACCAUCGCACUACAAGCCAAACACCGGACAAUAUGCCAUCGGCGACGGGGACUUUUACUUCCUUGGGUUCUGCGUGGUGCUCUACACGGGCCUCCGCGCGGGGAUCAUGAAGUAUAUCCUCGCACCGCUAGCGACACACUGGGGGAUCUCCAAGAGGAAGGAUAUCACGCGAUUCUCCGAGCAGGCGUGGCUGUUGUGCUACUACUCGGUCUUCUGGACGCUGGGUCUCUACAUCUACGGCACCUCCAAGUACUACCUCAACUUCCGCGAGAUGUUCACCGACUGGCCCACGCGCGACCUCCCGGGCCUCACCAAGGUCUACAUCCUGGGCCAAUGGGCGUUCUGGCUGCAGCAGAUCCUCGUCCUGAACAUUGAGGCCCGUCGCAAGGACCACUGGCAGAUGCUCGCCCACCACCUGGUGACGGUCGUGCUGAUUUCCACCGCGUAUGCCUUGCAUCUCACCCGGGUGGCCAACCUGGUGCUCAUCCUGAUGGAUGUGGUGGAUAUCUUUUUCCCGCUCGCUAAAUGCCUCAAAUACCUCGGCUACACCACCGCCCGCGACAUCCUCUUCGGCGUCUUCAUGCUCGCGUGGUUCCUGGCCCGCCACGUCUGCUACCUGCUCACCAUGUGGGGGAUCUGGAAGUACAUGCCCGAGACGAUUGCGGAAGGGUGCUACCAUGUUGCUGCCAGUGGCGCCCAGGACUCGCUCCGGGGACCGACGCCUCUCCCGGUCCAUGGCUGGUCCCACCUGUGGACCCCGUUCUAUAACCCCACAGGUCCCAUCUGCUACAGCGAUGGCAUCCGGUGGGGGUUUCUGGGGGCCCUGGGGUUCCUGCAGCUGCUGACGGUGCUGUGGUUCGUGUUGAUCGUCAAGGUGGCGGUGCGGGUUGUGCAGGGAAUUGGGGCGGAUGAUAUUCGGAGUGAUGAUGAGGAGGAAGCCGAGAUGGAUGUGGAGGAGGACGAGAACGAGAUGGUAAAGCCGUCCCCAUCCCCGUCAUCAGGGUGGAAGCGCAGGGCGGCCGGGAGUCGACGAACGGCGAGCUCAUCCGGCGUCAGCUUUGAUCGGAAGGAGUUGCUGAGUCGGAUUGGGUGCGAGAAACAGGUGGAUUGA